AUGAGGCGUCGCCUACAUCCGGAAGGACCUCCCCUACGCCAAGAGGAGUCGCCAACAUCCGGAAGGACCUCCCCUACGCCAAGAGGAGUCGCCUACAUCCGGAAGGACCUCCCCUACGCCAUGAGGCGUCGCCUACAUCCGGAAGGACCUCCCCUACGCCAUGAGGCGUCGCCUACAUCCGGAAGGACCUCCCCUACGCCAAGAGGAGUCGCCUACAUCCGGAAGGACCUCCCCUACGCCAAGAGGAGUCGCCAACAUCCGGAAGGACCUCCCCUACGCCAAGAGGAGUCGCCAACAUCCGGAAGGACCUCCCCUACGCCAAGAGGAGUCGCCAACAUCCGGAAGGACCUCCCCUACGCCAAGAGGAGUCGCCAACAUCCGGAAGGACCUCCCCUACGCCAAGAGGAGUCGCCUACAUCCGGAGGGACCUCCCCUACGCCAAGAGGAGUCGCCAACAUCCGGAAGGACCUCCCCUACGCCAAGAGGAGUCGCCAACAUCCGGAAGGACCUCCCCUACGCCAAGAGGAGUCGCCAACAUCCGGAAGGACCUCCCCUACGCCAAGAGGAGUCGCCAACAUCCGGAAUAUCCCACCCUACAGCAACUGCAUCCUGCGACGGGGAACAACCUCACUCGAGCGACGCGGGCGACGCAUAUACUCUGCAACCUCGACAACGACACCCCCAAUCACGAGCGGCUGUAUAACACGCGGCACAGGUUCAAAAGGCACGGAGUCUCUCCGGCCGGAGUGCUUUUUCAGCACGAGAACUAAAUCACGAUCCACACCAGCGGUUACAGCAGGUUCAACAACCUCCCAUUCCGGAGAACAGGCACGGCCACCAUCACCGCAUCCACAUGGCCCACACCCACACCGUCCGGAGAACCCACAGAGGCUACAUCGCCCACACGGUCAACAACAUCAUGGGAAAUUGGCCCGGGACACCGGCGCGCCCACUUCUGCAAAGGGACUACAGUCGUCCAAACUCUCAGGCUCGGCAGGCCCUCCAAAACAGAAGAGCCUGCGCUCCCGGGAGCCCGGACCACAUCCACAGGCGGGGGCGGGACAUGGACGUCCAUUAGGACACCUUCCACGACACGUAGUGCAGGCGAUGGCCCGACACUCUCACACACCGGAUCAACAACAACUUCCGGGGCCACAGCAGUUAACAGACGUGACGCACAUGUCGUAG